CAGCUUGGGCCAACUUAACUACUCUGUUUGGAAACCUAGUGUCACUUAACUCGGGUACCUAUAUGCGGUCUCAGGAACAAACAGAGGAUGGAGCAGAAUACAUUAACGGGAUUCCGUUUUGACAAAAACAACCAGAGUGAUCGCAUCAAGAGCCUAGAGAUUGCUGUGUCAAUAAUGUUUCAAUUUUCUCAUUGAGAUUGCUUCUUCAUGUCUUGUAUCUCACAGGAGCUGUUUUCUGAUUCUCUGGCUUCAACUAUGUUGUUCUUGAAGUUAUUCUGUAAUUACUUUAUUGGAAAAAUGUUUUGAUAAUUGUAAACAUUACUUGCUUGGGGUUUUGUUUCGGGGCCUUUUCAAGUAUUGCAAUUUGUAUCCCGAACAAGUGUCAUUGUUCAGAAGCUAUUUUUUGGAAUUCUAUAAGGUUCUGUAAAGGAGAGUACUGAGUACUCUCAUUCAUGUGAAAGGAGAGUACUCAGUAUUAUUCGUACACCAAUUAGAUCGCUUUUCCCUCGAGGCUUUUACCAUGGUGUCUUGCUGCUGUGUUGUUACAGUUCAUCAGCUUUAUUCUCUUGGUUUACGCGUGCAACCAAGAUACAAAUUUAAUGAGAGAUGGAAAAUCCUAUAAGAUUACAGCUUACAGGGAAAGAUCUAGAAGAGGUGUUGUUACAGGCUUGCUGCUAGCAUAUCAGGAGGUUUAUUAUUGAAAUAUCACAUAAAAGGACAUUUAAUUUUGGAGAUUGUCAUUUCUGGAGACAGAAAAGACAGUUGAAGUUGUCUAUGUGAGCACUGUCCCCUGUUAAGAGUCAACUAAAUACCGAUAUUCCUCCUAAAUCCUUUUAUUCUUGUCAACUCUUCUGUAUUAGUUUAUGUUUUCUUCUUCUUUUUCUUGAAUUAAUAAUAGUGAGUUGAUUGAAAUUGUAUCCUUGAAGCAGUCCACAUAAAAGUGAGUGGAGAGGAUGACAUGCUAUAUUUUAGUCCUUUAUAUCAUCAUAAAAUUGAGACGGUGGUAGGAUAAGAAAUGUUAAUACCCAAGUUGCUGAUGAAAGUCUUGAGAGAUUAUACAUCACAAUGAAUUGUUUUGCUUGCUCUUCUCGAUUAACUACAGACAUGGAGAUUAAUGAAGAUGACCGUUCAGAAUGUAGGUCUCCAGUUUCUAGUGUAAAUUCAAGUGGUGAUGGUGGAAGGAGAACUAGUACACGCGGUCGAUCUGUUUCAAAGGCUGGACCUUCUGCUCCAGCAGCCAAUGCUGCCGCCACAACUUUUACAUAUCAAGAGCUUGCGUAUGCAACUGAGAAUUUUAAACCAGAACUCCUGUUAGGUGAAGGUGAAAACGGGCGUAUUUAUAAAGGUUGCUUGCAGAAUACUAGGCAGGUAGUUGCGGUGAAACAGCUUAAUAGGGAAAAUGGCUCUUCAAGUCGAAUGUUUUUGACUGAGGUUCUCAUGCUUAGCCUCUUACACCAUCCUAAUACAGUUGAUUUGAUUGGUUAUUGUGCUGAAGGGAACCACCUACUUCUUGUUUAUGAAUUCAUGCCGUUGGGAUCCUUGGGGGAUCAUUUGCAUGACCUUCCACCCACUAAAGAGCCUCUGGACUGGAAUAUGAGGAUGAAGAUUGCAGCUGGCGCAGCUAAAGGCUUGGAAUACUUGCAUGAUAAAGCAAACCCACCUGUUAUUCAUAGAAAUCUCAAAUCAUCCCAUAUUCUUCUUGGUGAAGGAUAUCACCCGAAGCUAUCAGAUUUCGGGCUUGCUAAACUGGGUCCGACUGGAGGCAAAACUCACAUCUCAACAAGAGUCAUCGGAUCAACUGCUUAUCGUGAUCCUGAGUAUGCAAUGACUGGUAAACUCACUCUAAAAUCAGAUAUCUACAGUUUCGGCAUAGUCUUGCUUGAACUUAUCACAGGGCGCAAAGCAGUUGAUACCACUGCCCCCCGGGAAGAGAAGAAUCUAGUUGAAUGGGCUAGACCUUUCUUUAAGGACCGUAAGAAGUUCCCAAAGAUGGCUGAUCCAUUGUUGCAAGGUCGUUAUCCAAUGCGAGGCCUUUACCAGGCUCUUGCUGCUGCAGCUAUGUGUUUGCAACCAGAUGCUGAAGCUAGACCUGUCAUUGGAGAUGUUGUAACAGCACUCUCAUAUUUAGCUUCGCAAACUUACGACCCAAAUUCUAAUCAGAAUAACGUUGUUGUUAGCAUAUCUGCAUUUAUGGACAAGGAAGCUCAGAAAAGUACUGGUGAUUCAUCUGGUAGACAGAAAAAAAAGGGAUGGCAGUUCUGACAGAACAAAUAGAUAACCGUGAGGUAAAUUAUGACAAAUUGCAACUCUUACGAAACAUCUGUGGAAGCCAUGUCUGAAAGAAAGGAAUGCCUAUCAUUGUCCUGCCAAACAAAUCUGAAAACCGGCAUUAUUUGCAUGGCUCGUAUUCUGGUUGAUCCCAUCUGUACUUGGCAUCGCAUUUUUUCACUAACAGAGAAUGAAAACUGGCAAGCUUACCUCUAUAUGUACUAGUUUCUGUAUAGAAGAUUGAUUUUUAUAAUCUGACACCGUGUAACCUGUAGCUGUAGAUGCCACUUUUUGUGUUGGAAUGGGAAUUUCUGGUUCUAUAA